UUUUUUAAUGCCUAACGCAAUUACCAUUAAAGACUGUACAGUAUUUAUCGAGAUUACCUAUGACUUCAAGGUAAAGUUGUAUCCAUGAAAAUAAAUUUGACUCUUUGUGUUAAAAUUAGAGGGUAAAUUAAUCCUACACCGAAAACCUAACCUGGAGCGUUCGCUGGUUGCAACUGUUUUUUGUAAAAAACCACCUGAGCUAGAACGCCUUUGCGUCAGUGCGUAGCAACACCUCCUAUGAGAUUCUGCGUGUUGACCUCAUGAGCCGUCACUUGGAACUGUGGAGCUCUCGGAAGAUGCUGAAUAUAAGAAAAUUAGUGCUUGCUGAAGAUCUACCUCGCUGUGAAGAUGAGAAUAUGGUUCCGGUACUAGCAUCAAAAAGAGCGAGUGAACUGCCGGUGAAUGAAGUAGCCUGCAUUUUACAGGCUGACCUGCAGGAUGGUUUGAGUCACAGUGAGGUUUCCCGUCGGCGUGCGUACCAUGGCUGCAAUGAAUUUGAUAUUUGUGAAGAAGAGCCCCUGUGGAAGAAGUACAUUUCACAGUUUAAAAACCCUCUCAUUCUGCUUUUGCUGGCAUCUGCUGUAAUCAGUCUGCUAAUGCAUCAGAUUGAUGAUGCUGUCAGCAUCACUGUGGCCAUUAUUAUCGUUGUAACAGUUGCCUUUGUACAGGAAUAUCGCUCUGAAAAGUCUCUUGAAGAACUGGGCAAGCUAGUGCCUCCAGAAUGUCACUGUGUGAGGGAAGGGAAUCUAGAACACAUGCUUGCAAAGCAGUUGGUUCCAGGAGAUACAGUUUGCCUGUCUGUUGGAGAAAGGGUUCCAGCAGAUUUACGUCUGUUUGAGGCUAUUGAUCUAUCUAUUGAUGAGUCAAGUCUGACAGGAGAAACGACCCCUUCAACAAAAUGUACUGCUCCUCAGCCUGCUGCAACCAAUGGGGACCUCACCACAAGAAGUAAUAUUGCUUUUAUGGGAACAUUGGUUAGAUGUGGAAAAGCAAAGGGAAUAGUUAUUGGAACAGGGGAAAACUCUGAAUUCGGGGAGGUUUUCAAGAUGAUGCAAGCUGAGGAGGCACCCAAAACCCCUUUACAGAAAAGCAUGGAUUUGCUUGGAAAACAGCUCUCCCUGUAUUCCUUUGGCAUCAUAGGUGUCAUAAUGCUUGUUGGUUGGAUGCAAGGAAAGCAUACACUUGACAUGUUUACUAUUGGUGUAAGUUUGGCUGUGGCCGCCAUUCCCGAAGGCUUGCCCAUUGUGGUGACGGUGACAUUGGCUCUCGGAGUAAUGCGAAUGGUGCAGAAGAAUGCUAUUGUAAAGAAACUACCAAUAGUGGAAACACUAAGCUGUUGCAAUGUAAUUUGUUCUGACAAAACUGGAACACUGACCAAGAAUGAAAUGACUGUUACCCAUAUAUUUACAUCUGAUGGCCUCCAUGCUGAGGUUACAGGAGUUGGAUACAAUAGUUCAGGAGAGGUGAUAUCGGAUGGUGAAGUGAUACAUGGCUUUUCCAGUUUAUCUAUAUGUAAAGUUGUAGAGGCGGGGUGUAUUUGCAAUGAUGCUGUUAUUAGAAAUAAUACAUUAAUGGGAAGGCCUACAGAGGGAGCUCUAAUUGCUCUUGCAAUGAAGAUGGGAUUAGAUGGUGUUCAGAAAGAAUAUGUUAGGCGAGCUGAACACCCCUUCAGCUCAGAGCAAAAGUGGAUGGCUGUCAAGUGUGUUCACCAAACCCAGCAGGAUAAGCCUGAGACAUACUUUAUGAAGGGCGCCUAUGAACAAGUGAUACAUUGUUGCACAACCUAUAAUAGCAAAGGGCUGACCCUGCCACUUAACCAACAACAGAGGGAACUGUAUCAGCAAGAAAAGACAUACAUGGGGUCUGCAGGACUGCGAGUACUUGCCUUUGCUUCUGGUCCGGAGAUUGGCCAGCUUACCUUCCUGGGUCUGGUGGGAAUUAUAGAUCCUCCAAGGACAGGGGUGAGGGAGGCUGUAGCUACACUGAUUGGCUCAGGGGUUGCCAUCAAAAUGGUAACUGGAGAUUCUCAGGAGACUGCCGUUUCCAUUGCUAGCCGAUUGGGUCUGUACUCUAAAGGAUCUCAGUCAAUUUCCGGAGAAGAGGUUGACCAGAUGGACAUUCAUCAGCUAUCGCAUGUAGUUCCACAGACAGCCGUGUUUUACCGAGUCAGCCCCAGGCACAAAUUGAAGAUUGUGAAGUCUUUGCAGAACAUUGGUUAUGUGGUGGCAAUGACAGGCGAUGGAGUGAAUGAUGCUGUAGCACUGAAAGCUGCUGACAUAGGAGUGGCAAUGGGGCAGACUGGCACUGAUGUGUGCAAAGAAGCUGCUGAUAUGAUUCUGGUUGACGAUGAUUUUCGGACAAUCUUGUCUGCCAUUGAAGAAGGGAAAGGAAUUUACAAUAACAUCAAGAACUUUGUCAGAUUCCAGCUCAGCACGAGCAUUGCAGCACUGACUUUAAUUUCAUUGGCUACUUUGAUGAAUUUUCCAAAUCCUCUAAAUGCAAUGCAGAUUUUAUGGAUUAAUAUUAUAAUGGAUGGACCUCCAGCUCAGAGUUUGGGAGUUGAACCAGUUGAUAAUGAUGUCAUACGGAAACCUCCAAGGAAUGUAAAAGACAGCAUUCUCACCAAGAACCUGAUAGUGAAAAUUUUAGUUUCAUCACUUGUCAUUGUGUGUGGGACACUCUUUGUCUUCUGGAGAGAGUUGCGUGACAAUGUCAUAACACCCAGAGACACAACCAUGACCUUCACCUGCUUUGUGUUUUUUGAUAUGUUUAAUGCACUCAGCUCGAGAUCACAGACAAGAUAUAUUUUUGAGAUGGGCCUGUGCAGUAACAAAAUGUUUUGUUAUGCGGUACUUGGAUCUCUAAUGGGACAGCUGCUUGUCAUUUACUUUCCACCAUUGCAAAGAGUUUUCCAGACUGAGAGCCUCAGCAUGUUUGAUUUACUUUUUCUGAUUGGACUAACAUCUUCAGUGUGCAUUGUCUCCGAGACUAUAAAGAUGAUAGAAAGAAUGAGUGAUCGAAACCCAAAGCAUGAAACACCUUUUCACGAAGUAUGAUGCAUAUUGCAUCUCCAGUAAUGGAAUAGGCGAAAUCUGAAGAACUGGAGACAACCUGGUGAAAUUGACAGCAAACGUAUAUUUGCAAUUUUUUUUUUUAUUAGGAUUUUUGUUUUAAUAUUUUCCUAACCAUAAAUCUACAGGGAAGGCACUGGCUCCACAACGGCUACUGUAAUGGCAACACAUUUUUCCCUUGAAGAUUUGGGUUGCUGCUUUAGGUCUAAAACCUAUCAUCUUUCAGAAAAGUCAUAAUUUUUUAUUUUAUUUAUUUAAAGGUGGGGUUUUUUUUUAUCCUUAAAACAUUUUGGUGGUAGAUUUUAAAGGCACAGUAUGGUUUGUGACUUUUUAGCCAUUCCAUUUGCUCCUAUUUUGAGUAAAAAACUAACUAUAUUGUAGCCACAAUAUUUAAUUUAUUUGAUUAUAUACUAGAAAAUGAACUGUUGAAGUACUUUGUGCUACCAUUUUGUAUACAAAUUUUGGAGGAGGUGACCACUGGUGAAUCAUGUCCUUUUUUGUGAUUAAGCCUUUUCUAAAAAAAAAUAUGAAUAUGGUAUGUUUGUGUUUUAUACAGUGUACUGAAUAAGUAUGACUGUGUAUGAUUUGGUGUUGAAUGAAGCUAUGUACACAGUUCCAUUCUGCAUGUUUAAGUGCUCAGUCUGUACAUACUGUAUACUAGGUUCAGUUAUUCAGUAUACAUUUAUUGCAAAUUAAAUACUACCCCUUCUUGUACGGAAACUAUUAAAUAAUUGGUUUAUGGGUGAUGUUCUUGUUCAUGUAUCUGACUUUGUUGUGGUUUUGUUUUGUUACCAGUAAAAAAAAAAAAAAA